UGUUAGGUCCGGGCGGCGCCUUUAUGCGUGUGCUCGUUGUCGAGAGCUGCGCGCGCAUAUUAAACUGUUCAUUUGUGUUUAAUGUUUGUCUUCGCUAUUGAAAAUGAUGUGCAAUAAUCGAUGUAAUCAAAAUUUGGCACACACGGUGUAUGUGUGUGUGUAAGGUGAAACGAAAGUGGCUGGCAAAAGUGAAACGCCCACAAAAUCAAAUUGAGCCAAGAAUCUAGCCAAACCACUUGGCCACAAAAGCCCACACAUAUAAAAAUAGUUACAACAACAACACCAACAGCWUCUGCACUAAAAAUUUCACCAAGAACAGGCUGUGCGUGUGUGUAUGUGUGCGAGGCUUGCCAAGCCUGCCAAUUUGAGCGCCUGCAAAGUGUUUUUCUCUCUUCUGCGCAUAUGUUUUGUCUUCUUUGUGCCUAGUUGUGGAUUAUAUAUGGCAGCUUCUGGUGCUACUGCUGCUGCUUCUUCUUGCUCAGCUUGUACAGCUGUGGCCUGGCUUAAUGGCCUCGAGGCGACGGCAGCUUCCAUUUGAAUUGGCCAUCGGCCGCUGGCCACGACAGACGUCGCCGCCGAACGCUUAAUCGUAGCAAUGCAGUUGUCAGCGGACGCCAUGGCGACCUCAUCUGGAUCGAAUAUGGAUGCGGCUGCAGCGCGCAGCGAAUGCAAUGGAAAUGCAACAACAACAACAACAAAUAAUAAUUCGCCGCGUAAAGAAAAGACAAUACUCGGUUGGCUGGUGAAAAGUGCAAGUGCGAACGAUAAAGCUAACGAUAGCGAUAACAAUAACUGUAACGAUAACGCUAACGAUAAAUCUAACAUUAACAACAAUAGAAUCAACAACAACAAUUGCAAUUGUGAAUCGCGCGCGUUUCGCGAAUUCCGCGGCGUUCAAACUCUACGUUUGCUCUGGAGCAAACGCAUCCACAGCGCCAGCGUCGAGGCAGCGGAAUCUCAGGUACAACGCCAGGGGCUGGGCACCCUGCGCAAGCUAAACAAGUCGGUUAGCUGUUUGGUGAAUGCGUUUAAUAACGCGCGCGACUGGCCCAGUCUAACAAACGCGCACGAAACGCGCGCAAAACGCGCGGCCAGCUUACACAAUCUACAGGAGACGUCGUCGGAGCAACAGGUGCUGCUGCAAUUGCAACGGGACAAGGACAAUUUCUACAAGUACAAAAACGCCGAACAGGCAAAAAUGCUGCGACGCAGCAGCGACGUUAACGGUAAUACGAACGCGACGUUUAUCGCUGUCAAAGCGGGCAACGCGGCGGGCGAACGUCUGCAGUGGCCCAAGCGCGAGGACGUCAUGGCCAAGUGCAGCCAAUCCGAUAAUCAGCAUGAGCAAGCCUCUGGCUGUGGGCGCCUGGGGGAGCGAGCGGCAGAGCGAUUGGGUGCGAGCGAGCAGGUGAAUCUUAUCAGCGAGCAGUCAGCAGCAGCMGCGACAGAGGCAGCAGCAGCAGCAGCGGCGAAUUCAGUUCGCAUUAGUCUCAGCGCGGCGAGCGGCCACAGCGGCAGCAGUGAAUCGCUGCAAACGGUAAAUUCUACAAAUUCGCUCACUUCCAUUGCGACUUCGGGGAUAACUGUGACGUCACAGACGAGCGCGAAUCGCAGUGCGGGCACACGCCGCAAAUACAGUUUCAAAACACAUGCGGGCAAGUCGUUUCAUCAGCACCACACACCACGACGCAUGUCCAGCCACAGUCACAGUCACACACACACUCACCAAGGGGGCGGGGCUGGUGGGGAGUUCAGCGGCGGCGGCGGUGUGGUGCGUCAGCUGACGCAACAAUUCAAUGAGAUCAUACAGAAGGACGCGCGAGUGCUGGAGCAGGUGAAGCGCAAGAAUGGCGUGUGGCUGUCGCGUGGCUCACAUGUCUACAAGAUUGUGGAGCGAUCAGCUAUGCAGCAACAGCAACAGCAGCAACUGGAGCGUGCGGAGCAGUCAAACUCGCCAUCGCAGUCGCCGUCGCAGUCUCAGCGUAGCUCCAUGGUGCAGCGUAAUAUUAAGAAAUUCGAGAAACUGGAUAAGCCGCUGGUGCCACAGAAAACACAGCAGCUGCUGCGCAAGCACCAGGAGCUGAUGAGCCAGCGACCCAGCACACUGAGCCUCAGCAAGCAGAUGAGAAACAAACGCAGUCGCAACCAACAACAGCUGAUACUGGAGCUGGAGCAGCAGCAGCUGAAGCUGGAGGUGGUGAAAGAGGAGGUGAAGACGCCCGUGGAGCCGAACGCUAGCACGGAUGAGGGUGUGCAAUCAGAUCUAGACGAAGCUACCAAGCCAAAGCCCACUGUGGAUGAGCUGACGCCCGAAGAGCUGGAAGAUGUGGAGGCGGAGGAGCGACAGAAGCAGCGCAAGCACAAGUACGCGACGAUCUAUGAGAAGCUGCGCCUGCUGCCUUUCAUUAAGAACAAGAAAGCAGCCACGCCCCCGAAUACGCCCACCAAAGCUGUAGCUGAAAAAGAAGCAACAGCAGAGCAGGAGCAGGAGCAGGAGCAAGAUCAGGAGCACCAGCUGGAGCAGGAUAUGCAGCUGCAGCAGGAUCAGCAAGAGCAACAGCCGCUGGUGUCACCUUGUAUGGAAGCAGAUGCAAAGAUUUUGGCUGCACUCGAGGUGCUAGAUCAAAAGCUGAAAAUACUCGGAGAGCCGGCAAAGACCAAGGAUGGGGAGCUGGUGAUCGCAGCCAACGAUGACUUUGAGCAGCGCCUGUUGCCCAACAACUCCUUCAUCUAUCAGGCGGCCAAUAAGCAGGUGUCCAACAAUCAGCUGCUGCUCAACCAGGCGGUGAAUGUGACACUGGUGAAUGCCAUUGAAGGCGAGCAAAUGAUCAUGGAGCAGAAACAGCUGGCCAAGGAGGAGGAGAAGCAACUGUCGAAGGAGCAUAUGCAGGAGGAGCAGGAGCUGGAGCCCAUGUAUGAGCCCAUAACGCCCUCGACGGAAAUCAAGACUGAGCCACAGGCGUCGAGCCUGUACAAGAUAACAAACCAAAUGGAUAAAGAGGAGGCAUCGAUGCCGGUGGAGGACAUCUAUCAGACGCUGGAAGAGGCAACAACAACAACUAUAAUAAUAGCAACAGGAUUAGCAGCUGGAGCAGAAACAGCUGCAACCAAGAACAACUGGCUGGAGGGCUACGAGUCCAUAGCGGGAUCUUCGGGAAACAGCGAUGACUAUGAAGCCUUCGCUGCUCCAGCCACGCCCACUACACCAAUCUCUUCAAGCACCGGCACACUCGGACGCAAUACGCGCGAUGAGCUGCCGGAGCUGCCCAAGCCAAAGCGAGUGUUGCCCAAAACUCCAUGCGUUCUGCGACCUGCCCCGGCCAAGCCUUCACAGCCAACUCGACCUUCGGGCAAGGCCUGUGCCGCUCCAGCCUCGACGGAUGAGGAUGAUGAAAACAUUUAUGACACAAUCAAAGGCUGCUACGACUCGCUGGCACUGCAGCGCAGCAAGACGGAUGCCAUUUCAAUCAGCUCCAAUUGCUAUGAGAGCAUCUCCAAUUACCGCAAGAGCAAGAGCUCAGUUGGACCAAGUGAGGGAGCCGGAGCGGGAGCAACAGCAUCCGGCGUGCUGCUGUCUAGCAGUGGCUCAACGCUCACGCUUUCCUCGGAUCAUCGCACGAAUAGUUUGUAUGAAUCCUCGCUAGCCACGGGCCACAUUGUCUAUGGCAGCGGCUGUCGUUCCUCGCUCGCCAGCAGCAGCGCCGGCAGUGGCGCUGGCAGCGGCGUUGGCAGCGCAGCAGGCAGCAACGGCGCAGGCAAGCAGUGCGACAAGCGAUCCUCCAUUGCUGGCUCCAGUGACAACAGYGAUGCCUGGGUGGAUAUAUCCGAUGGCGAGGCAGAGACAGCAGCUGCGACGGCUACGUCCACAGCCAUCGGCGAGGCGCAGUUCGUUGUCGUUCGGGAACGAUUCAAGCAGCAUCGCGUUCGAAGUCCCGAUUGGUCGAAACGCAUAAGAGACAAAAGACUGCAACAAAACAAGGCCAAAAGCUGCAUAGAGGAUGACUCGGAUCACUAUUACGAGACGCUGUCGCCGCUGGGCAACAAGCGCCACUCGACGCAGCUGCUGCCCGGGCAGCAUCACAAGCGGCAUCAGGAGCGCAGCAGCAAGCAGCAGUCGGCAUCGGCGCAUGCCCUGGGGCAACACCAAAUCUACUCGGAUGACUACGAUUCGUUUGAGACAGACAGCGACGAGCCUACGGAGCCAGAGCAGCGCCUGCAGCACCACAAUGAUAGUGGCGUGGACAUGCGGAAUCAUCGGCUGCCAUUGCCGCCGGCGCCACAGAAUCAAGUCUAUGCCAUAGUGCGGAAGUUCAAGGAUUUCAUCUCGAGCAAGAAGUCGCACAAGGGCAGCCAGCAGAAGAUCUACGAGAAUAGUGGAGCACAGUUCUAUGUGGAGUGCCGCAAGCGGGAGCCGCAAGAGCCGGCCGGCUCGCUGAGCAGCUCCGAGCGCAAUCUGGUGGCCGGUCAGAGUCAACAGGAUCCGCAACAGCAGCAGGAGCAGCAAUCGUCGUCUGCCAGCCUGCUGAGACCCAAACAGAAGAAUGGCAAGAGUCUCAGAUCGAGGCUACGCAAGAGCCUGGUUGGUGCCUCCUUUGAUACAAAGCAGCUGGCGGCGCUAACGCCAACGCGCAGUACAUUCUACAUUGAGGAUCCAGCGACACCGCAGCAGCACGAACAACAGGAACACCAUGGCUCUGGCGAACUGGACUCGGGCUUCUCGGAGAAGGCCUCUUCUGGCGAUAUACCCGUUAUGCCGGCAACGCCCAGCGCGGAGUCACAAAAGUUCUCGACAGUCGCACGGAAAACCAAAAAGGAGGCGAAGGCCAUGCGACGUCGCACGACCAUUGGCGUGCGUCCGCACGAUCCGCCACCACCGCCGCCGCCGUCAGUGGAGCUGCGCAAUAGUAAUAGAACGCAGCUGGAGCCACAUUCACCCACCUCUUGGUAUGCCGAAUGCGGCGUCUUCAAACAGUCAACAACAACCCUAACCGCUCCACAUGGAACUGACGAGCCAACCACGCCUACACCAAAUACCCCUGGAGGAGGUAGCAGCUCAUGGUAUACCGAGUCGGGACUGUAUCAGACCAGCGGCAUCUCUGUGGCCAGCUCGAGCGGCAGCUCCGGAGUCUCCACGGGCAACGAGGCGGGUCUGGGUGAUGAGCUGCAGCCACACAGCUUGUUCUUCAACGAGCCACUCUAUCAGGUCUACAGCGCUGCUAAGCUGGAGUCCAUUACACGUGAUCUGGAGGCGCAUGAGAGCUCAACGGAUGGGUAUGAGGAGAUUGGGCAACAUGCGCAUGCCAAAAAGGAACCAGCGCAGCAGACCCAAAAGACUCGCCCCAGCGCCUUGCAGCUGGUGGAACCCAAGAAUGGGCCAUCGCGAACGCUGUGGAGCGAAAUACCAGAGGUCAUCCAUUCUGGCAUUCUACCUACGUUGACACCGCGAGAACGUGGCCUGCAGGAGGCCAAGUUCGAGAUCAUGACGUCAGAGGCGAGUUAUUUGAAGUCUCUCAAUCUGCUGCGUCGUCACUUUAUGAACAAUACCGCCUUCUGCGAUAGCUCCGUGCUAAGCACGAAGGAUCGCAAGGCGCUCUUCUCCUACAUUGUGCCCGUGCACGAAUGCUCGGAGCGCCUGCUCACCGAGCUGGAGUGCUGCUGGCAGAACAAUAUCAUGUUGGUCGGACUGAGCCGUUGCAUCUACGAGAUUGCCGAACGGCAUUUUCAUGUGUACAUUACAUUCUGUGAGCAUCAGGGACGCAUGGAUCGAACAUUGCGUCGUUUGAAGGAGGCGAAGAACGGAGCGUUCCAGCAGCAUCUGGAAAAGCUCGAGGCGAGUCCCAGUUGCUGUGGGCUCAAUCUGCAUUCGUUCCUCAUGCUGCCCAUGCAGCGAAUCACGCGUCUUCCACUGCUCAUCGAUGCGGUGUUUAGCAAGGAGUCACCACACAAUACUGAGGAAUACGAGGGCUGGAAACUAGCCCUGGCACUCGUGCAGAAGAUCGUCGCCCAGUGCAACGAGGCAGCCAAUCGUUGUGAGCAAGCAUACGAGCUGGAGCGCAUCUCCAAACAAUUAGAAUUCCCCAGUCAUAUACGAGCCCUGGCCAUUGCACCAAUGGGAGUGCCCAAGCAGGGCGCCAAACCGCGUUUCCUGGUUAAACGGGGCGAGUUGACUCACCUAGUGUGGCGCGGCGAUGAUGCGAAGCUGACGUUUGGUAAACGCUUCACCAAGUCGAGCAUCUAUGCAUUCCUCUUCUCCGAUCUGCUGGUGCUCUGCAAGCGCAAGGGCGACUCCAACUUUUCGGUGUUCGACUACUGUCCAAGAAGCAUGUUGACUCUGACAUCGGGCGACAAUCUGCCCCAGCUGCCUACCAAAGACAUCAAGGAUCCGACUAGCAAAAAUCUCAUGCUGAUGACACUGCUGGAGAACCAUGAGCGCAAGACAAUUGAACUUGUGCUGUCGUGCCCAUCAGUGUCUGAUCAGCAGCGCUGGCUGGAGGCCAUGCGUCCACCGGAGGCGGAAACGCCUGGUGAGAAACUGUACGAGUCGUGGGACUGUCCGCAGGUUAUUGCCAAGCACAGCUACGAAUCUGAUGAGCCAGAUGUGCUACAGCUGGAGCUGGGCGACGUGGUUAAUGUCUCACGCAAGCUGCCGGAUGGUUGGUAUCAGGGUGAGCGGAUAAGAGACGGAGCUGUCGGCUGGUUUCCCGGCAGCUAUACGGAGGAAUUGAACUCGUCCCACGUUCGCGCACGCAAUUUAAAGCAGAGACACCGCCUACUUACCUUCACCGCCACCUACUUGGAGGCGCAAAAGGGCAAAUGAUUCUCGACGCCAUCUCCAAUUACGGCUCCAUUCAAAUGGGCCGAGUAUUCAAAUCAAGUAGUCUAUCAAUACAGUUUGUAUAAGUACAUUAUAUAUAUAUAUGUCGAUUUAGAAAAUGUGAUAAUUAAUUAAUUGUUUACACGGCAAGCAAAGAAAUCAUAAACAAUUACUGCCCUAUAAAUUAUGUGCAUUAGUUAUAAACGAAGCAAUCUGCAAUCUGUAUGUAUGCAUGCGUGUUAGUUAUGUU